AUGGGUCAGUGUAGUGCAGUGGUUUGUCAGCUCUAUGAGUAUCACUACAUUAAUGUUAAAAAGACCUGGACUGAAGCUCAGCAGUACUGCAGAGAGAAACACACUGACCUGGCCACAGUGUCUAACAUGACAGACAUGGAGAGACUCCUCAGUAACUCAGCAGGAGAUAUGAGGGGAGCUUGGAUUGGUCUGUAUGAUCAAACAGGAGGUAACAGGACAUGGCGCUGGUCUCUGCCUGGAGUGGAGUUCAAUAAAAGUUACCAACCGUGGAACACAGAUGAGCCAAAUGAUGCAAACGGGUUGCAGAACUGUGGAAUCAUAUGGAAGACCCUGAAGUGGGGAGACAUAGAAUGCAGAUGGAGGAAUGAGAACUGUGCUGUCAGUAAACCCUUCAUCUGUUAUGAUGAUAAACUGAUCCUGAUCAAAGAAACUAAAACCUGGGAGGAAGCCUUGUACUACUGCAGACAUCACCACCAUGACCUGGUCACCAUCACCAACCUGGAUGAGCAGAGAUGGGUCCAGAAGAAAGCCAAGAAGGCCUCCACUGAUUACGUCUGGCUGGGACUGCGCUACACCUGUACUCUGAAUUUCUGGUUCUGGGUCAGUGAUGAAGUGGUUAGCUAUGAGAACUGGGCUCCAGAUGGACUGAUGGAUGACUGUGACAUGUCUGGAGCCAUGAAGACAGGAGGACAACAUCAGUGGUUUAAAAGAAAUGACAGUGAGGAGUUCAGUUUCAUCUGUUCUAAACAUUAAAUUCUA